CCAGGGCACACUGAUUUCUUCAAUCGAUAACUUGGGCAGCCAAAAGGAGUCACAGGACAUCGUUUUAAUCGAAUAUCGACUGUAUGUAAAAUAUACGCGGAAACUAGUCACGGCAUUCUUGGAAACCACCUGCCAAGCAAAGUAAUUGUUUUUAAGCAAAUUAAAAGAGUCCUGACACCCCCUGAUCUCUAGCUAUAAAAGCGCGGGGCGUUUCGAGUGUCCUCUCUAGGACCAGCCAAAAGCGGAGUGAAAGCAUUGCUAAGCGCGGAGCUGAGGCUUGGUUCACAGAGCGGAGGUUUUGUGCGUGAACUACAUUGUAUGGAGAAGGUAUUUUGUUCGCAGGUGUAGCCUUGACUGGACGAGGGGAAGAGAAAAAAACAACAACAAUUGGAAUUCAUCACGUCAAGAACCCGAAGCCGCACAGUAGUUCGAGUUGCUCUGUUUAAAUAGGACUGUGUAUUCCGUAUCCUUCACAUCUUGCUCUGUGACCCGCUCCCAGCCCGCUCUCUGAGCCAGACGAGGAGAGCUCCCGCAGAAGUGCGCGCAUCGCGGUCUUCGCAAUGAAGCGACUGCUGUCCUUCGUGGUAGUGUUUCUCAUCCUCGCCGAAGUCUUCAGUGAAGAAAUGGGUCCGAGUGAAGAUCUAAAUUAUUGGACUGACAGUAAUCAGAUACAGGAUGAAUGGCUACCACCCGAUUCGUUUAAAGAAAUUCUAAGACGAAUCACGAGAAAACCUAGACCUCACCAGUUUUUUGGUUUGAUGGGCAAGCGAUCCCCUGCAAAUGCACAAAUAACCCGUAAAAGGCAAAAAUUGAAUUCCUUUGUUGGCCUGAUGGGGAAACGAAGUGAGGAGCCAGAUUCAUAUGAAUGGAGCACAAUACAGAACUAUGAUAAGCGACGUUAGUAGAGCAGCUAAAAAAAAUGUUCGCUUCACUCAGAGUCAUUCCUGUCAAUGGUGGGAGAGAGGUCUGAUAUGUAAAUUUGACAACUCAUUUCUUUUUUAUUUAUUGUUGGUUUAGGUUGUACCUUUAAUAAAGCCAUUAUUUUCA